AUGGAAGCAGAUGAGAUCACAGAAGAGCCUCAUACCACCAUGGAUGCAGAGGAGCACCCCCUUUCAAAGGACCCCUCUGCUGAGGACUUACAGGAGAACCGUAUCUCUGAAAGCUUCUUGGAGCCUUCCACCUCUGAGACCCCCUUAGAGCCCCAUACCUCUGAAUCCCCUUUGGUGCCAUCCCCUUCCCAGAUCCCCUUAGAGGCCUAUUCCCCUGAAAUCCAUCAGGAGCCUUCCAUCUCUGAGACUCCUUCAGGGACCCCUACCUAUGAGGCUUCAUUGGAUAGUCCCAUCUCAGUGGUACCAGAGAAACACCUUACUCUUCCUCCCCAAUCACGAAACUAUGUCUCUCUGUCUUCCUCUGAUACUUUGAAGGAAGACCUCUCCUCUGAGUUUUCUUCCAAUGAGGUCCCAUGGACAAGGAGGUCUACCCAUUUCUCUGAAUCUGAGAGCCUUCCAGAACACUCUCCUUCAGGCCCUUCAGCCCAGGUCCAAAUGGACGCAUCUGAAAAGCAGGAGGAAGAAGCAGGAGAGGUUGAAAAGGGAGUAGAUGCCAGUGACAGCACUGAUCACACAGCCCAACCUGGACACCAACUAGGUUACACAGCCCGCCCAGUGGUCCCUGCUAAGCAGACAGAGCUGGUGGAAGUGGCUAAGGCAAUGCAUAGAGAGGAGUUUGGUGCUCAGGUGAACAAUCUUUUCCAGUGGGAGAAGGAUGCAGCCCUGAAUGCCAUCCAGACAGGUCUCUACAUUGGCUGGCGCUGCCCCCAUUACCUAUGGGACUGUUUCCGGAUUGGGGAUGAGUCCAGAUGCUUUUGUGGACACUUGUUGAGAGAGCACCGGAUCAUCUCAGACAUAUCCGUGCCCUGCAAGGUGAGCCAGUGCCGCUGCCUCAUGUUCUGCUUUAUCCCAUCACGCCCAGAGGAGGUGGGUGAGUUCUGGCUCAAGAGACGGGCCACCUUUGACCCCAAGGCCUGGAGGGCCCAAUGUCGCUGCAAACACAGCCACGAAGAACAUGCAGCCACUGGGCCCCAUCCCUGCAGGCAUCAUGGCUGUUGCUGCGGCUGUUUUGAGUCUAAUUUCCUCUGUGCGGCCUGUGACCGGCGCUGGGAGGAACACGGGACUUUCUUUGAGACCCAGAGGACCCGGCGACGAGGAGGGAGACCUCACGGGACAGACACUGUCAGCAACUGGCACAGGCCUUUGUGAGUCUGGCCCAGAUCAGCAAUAAAAGAGGAGUCACUGGAA